AGUAGAGACAUUAAUUCAUUGCUUACAGUGUGGUCUAGGAAGUAACUUUUAACUGAAGGCUGUGUAACCAAAAAUGAAAUAAGUUGUGUCAACAACUUUAAGCUUUAAGCAAAUCAUGGGAAAGAAGAACAGACAAGUGCACAGGACAGGCUACGGCCAGUAUCCUGCGGACGGUUACUAUGGCAACCCCGGGUACUCUGACCCCCAGUAUUGUCACGUGAUGCGGUACCCGGCCGGGUUCGGAGAGUUUGCCCAGCCAUACAACCCGUUUCAAGGCGCCUCGUCGGACGCAUCCUCACAAGAUUCCCACACGAAGCGAUCGCGGAAGCGGUUGUAUAUGGUGGUUGCCGUCUGUGUGAUAGCGACUCUGCUUGUGGGAGCCAUUAUUGCCGCUGUCGUUGCAUCUGCCACUGGAGGAGAUGAUAGCCGCAAUGAAGAGAUACAAUACGUGGAGGUUGAAGUGGUGCGAGAGUAUCAAGGAGAGAUAACGCUGGAAGGCAAGCAGUUCAGUGAGGAUUAUCUCAACCCUGAUUCACAGGUGUACCAGGACACCACGCGUGAACUUAUUGAAAAGUUUGACGCUAAAUUCAAGUCGAACCCGCUAUACAAUAACACACGCGUUAACGAAUACCGCAACGGAAGUGUAAAGGCAGAAAUUUCGAUCAUAAUGAAAAAGAUGGUCAAGGUUCCAAAGGGAAACCAAGGCAACCAGCAGGCUGAAAACGUUACUACCCCUUCCGUAGUUGUUUCUGACACUGAGUUUGGAAUUGACCCGAACGAAAUCGCGCAAGAGGUUCAAGGGAUCCCUGGCAUUCGAGCAGAACCUUUUUCGAACGUAGACGAGUGUACCUCCAGCCCAUGUCUACAUGGAGGGACUUGUCGAGAUAUGGCCAACCGAUACAUGUGUUCUUGUGCGCCCGGGUACAAGGGAGAUAACUGCGAGACAGAUAUCAACGAGUGCGCGUCCGAUCCAUGUGGGAAUGACGGCACGUGCAACGAUCAGGUGGCAGGUUACACGUGCACGUGUACGAGCGGGUACACGGGGGAACAUUGUGAGAUAGAUAUUGACGAUUGCGAGAGCGUCAUAUGCAGAAAUGGAGGCACGUGUCAAGAUCUCGUUAACGCCUACCAGUGCGCAUGCGCAGACGGUUUUACCGGGAGACACUGUGAUACUGAUAUAGAUGAGUGUUCUCCAAAUCCAUGCCUUCACGAAGGUCGGUGUACGGACAGGAUCAACGGAUACAUGUGCACAUGCGCCGCUGGUUACUCCGGGAAUGAGUGUCAGACAGAUAUCAAUGAAUGCGAUGGCGUGGUUUGUGAGAACGGAGGCACGUGCGUAGACGAGGUGAACAUGUACACGUGCUCCUGUUUAACCGGUUACGGGGGCGAUCAUUGCGAAAUAAACAUCAACGAUUGUUCUCCGUCCGUUUGCCGAAACGGUGGCACGUGCGAGGACCUGCUGAACAACUACCGAUGCACAUGCAUGCCAGGUUAUUCCGGCAACCAAUGCGAACUAGAUAUAGAUGAGUGUUCUCCAAAUCCAUGCCUUCACGAAGGUCGGUGUACGGACAGGAUCAACGGAUACAUGUGCACAUGUGCCGCUGGUUACUCCGGGAAUGAGUGUCAGACAGAUAUCAACGAAUGCGAUGGCGUGGUUUGUGAGAACGGAGGCACGUGCGUAGACGGAGUGAACAAGUACACGUGCUCCUGUUUAAUCGGUUAUGGGGGCGAUCAUUGCGAAACAAACAUCAACGAUUGUUCUCCGUCCGUUUGCCGAAACGGUGGCACGUGCGAUGAUCUGCUGAACAACUACCGAUGCACAUGCAUGCCAGGUUAUUCCGGCAACCAGUGCGAACUUGAUAUAGAUGAGUGUUCUCCAAAUCCAUGCCUUCACGAAGGUCGGUGUACGGACAGGAUCAACGGAUACAUGUGCACAUGUGCCGCUGGUUACUCCGGGAAUGAGUGUCAGACAGAUAUCAACGAAUGCGAUGGCGUGGUUUGUGAGAACGGAGGCACGUGCGUAGACGGAGUGAACAAGUACACGUGCUCCUGUUUAAUCGGUUAUGGGGGCGAUCAUUGCGAAACAAACAUCAACGAUUGUUCUCCGUCCGUUUGCCGAAACGGUGGCACGUGCGAUGAUCUGCUGAACAACUACCGAUGCACAUGCAUGCCAGGUUAUUCCGGCAACCAGUGCGAACUUGAUAUAGAUGAGUGUUCUCCAAAUCCAUGCCUUCACGAAGGUCGGUGUACGGACAGGAUCAACGGAUUCAUGUGCACAUGUGCCGCUGGUUACUCCGGGAAUGAGUGUCAGACAGAUAUCAACGAAUGCGAUGGCGUGGUUUGUGAGAACGGAGGCACGUGCGUAGACGGAGUGAACAUGUACACGUGCUCCUGUUUAAUCGGUUAUGGUGGCGAUCAUUGCGAAACAAACAUCAACGAUUGUUCUCCGUCCGUUUGCCGAAACGGUGGUACGUGCGAGGACCUGCUGAACAACUACCGAUGCACAUGCAUGUCAGGUUAUUCCGGCAACCAGUGCGAACUGGAUAUAGAUGAGUGUUCGCCAAAUCCAUGCCUUCACGAAGGUCGGUGUACGGACCAGAUCAACGGAUACGUGUGCACAUGCGCCGCUGGUUACUCCGGGAAUGAGUGUCAGACAGACAUUAACGAGUGUGCGGGGAAUCCAUGUGUGCACGGAACGUGUGUGGACUUGGUGGACAGCUACGCAUGCUUUUGUGACCCAGGUUAUACCGGCAUGGACUGCGAUAAAGAUAUAGAUGAGUGUUCGCCAAAUCCAUGCAUUCACGGAGGUCGGUGUACGGACAAGAUCAACGGAUACGUGUGCACAUGCGCCGCAGGUUACUCCGGGAAUGUGUGUCAGACAAACAUUAACGAGUGUGCGGGGAAUCCAUGUGUGCACGGAACGUGUCUGGACUUGGUGGGCAGCUACGCAUGUGUUUGUGAGCUGGGUUAUACCGGCAUGGACUGCGAUAAAGACAUAAACGACUGUUUUCCGUUCGUUUGCCGAAACGGUGGCACGUGUGAGGACCUGCUGAACAGUUACCGAUGCACAUGCAUGCCAGGUUAUUCCGGCAACCUGUGCGAACUUGAUAUCGACGAGUGUUUACAACAACCCUGCGGAAACGGGGCUUCAUGCACCAAUACUGGGGGCUCCUAUGAAUGUCGGUGCCUUGCUGGAUACGAGGGGCAAGAUUGCCUAAAUGACGUCGAUGAGUGUUCUCGGAUGCCAUGCAUAAACAGUUAUUCGUGUUGGAACACAGUUGGCUCCUAUGUGUGUCUUUGUGACAAUGGAUAUGAGGGACAACACUGCGAGAAUGUAAUACCUACCCCCAGCACUACAGUUUGGCCAUCAUCAGUAACAACAGCAUCAACAACAUCAUCUGCAGGUAGAAACACAACAACAUCACCUGCCGGACGAAACACAACAACAACUUCACCUGCUGGAACAUCCAGGACGCCGACUUUGCCAUGCAUUGGGCGGUAUAUGGUGCAAGGGGUGAUGAGCGUGCCGUUCAACGACAGUCUGUACGAUCCCAGUUCCCAGUACUACGUGGACAUGGACCGUAUGCUCGAGGAUAAUUUCACGACACUCAUGAUGUCACCUGCUAAUGAAAUGGGGUUCUGUAACUACAGUGUGGACAAUUUUUACCCUGUAUACAAUGCAACCAACACCAGUGGACUCAGCCACGAAUCAACAGUCGGAUACACAGGCUUCACGUCAACUCUUUUAGUGCAGUUUAACUAUUAUCCUGGACAAUAUAUUGGCAUGUACAUUACGGAAAGACAGAGAGCGUUCGGUAUACUGCCGACGGUCAACGUUACAACAAUCGAACUUCAAAAUGGUACAACCAGAACAACUCAAGCCGUUAGAAACACAACAACAACCCCUGACGGUAGAUAUCCAACAACCACUGACGUUAGAUAUUCAACAACCACUGACGGUAGAUAUUCAACAACCUCUGACGGUAGAUAUCCAACAACGCCCGUUUCCAACCAGUCGACGACUACCACUCCACAUUGUAAUGGGCGGUAUAUGGUGCAAGGGGUGGUAAAAGUGACGUUCGACAACAGUCUUUACGAUACAAGUUCCCAGUACUACAUGGACAUGGACCGCAUGCUCGACGAUAAUUUGACAACACUCAUGGGGCUGAGCCUUUUUAAUGACAUGGGUUUUUGUGACUACAGCGUGGAUUAUUUUUACCCUGUAUAUAAUUCAACAAACGCCACUGGCUUCAACAACGAAUAUGCAAACACUGGGUUUAUGUCGAGCCUCAGGUUGCAUUAUGCUAGUUGGUCUGGAGAAAAUUUACGAUGGAUCAUUGCAGAAAGACAGAGAACAUUUGGAAUACUACAAUUAGUCAACUUCACUCAUAUUGAGCCUCGUUUUGUUACAACAGAGAUGCCCCCUACUUCACCAACCACGGCACCUGAAAACAACACUUGUGGUCAGACGUACCUGUUUGAUUUGUUCGGAACAUUUGCUACUCCACAUUAUCCGCAAAACUACUCCGCUAGCUCUCAGACUUGCUUUUGGAAUAUAACAAUGCCGCCGGGCUUCUGUAUUAUGCUUUCGUUUGAUAUGAUACAUCUUUACAGCUCUGAUGCUUUAUACAUCUUCAGUCCACAAAUAAGCAUUUAUUUAUUCGGAUACAUUACACCAAUUUACGACCAAAACAUAUAUAUUCCAACACAAAAUGUCACUGUUGCGCUAUUCACAAGAGGAGAAGGUUCUGCACCGGGAUUUCAGGCUAAUUUCGCGUAUAGCCGUUGUAUUCAGCAGAAUGUAUCAACGACAACAUCACCAAGAACAACAGAUUGGCGAACAGACUGGACCACAACACCAUCGUUUGGCUCUUGUGGUGGCUAUUUCAACGGUACAAGCGGAAGAAUAUCGUCGCCUGGCUACCCUUCCAAUUACCAAGACUCCGCGAAUUGCCUGUACUACAUCACUGUGCCAGUGGAGCACCGAGCGUGUCUUACUUUCGAUGUGUUUGAAACGGAGAGUUGUUGUGAUUAUGUCGAUGUGUAUAACGGGCCGAGUACAACCUACACCAGUCUGGGAAGAUUUAGUGGACGUCUCUCUAAGUUUACUGUUUGCGGAGCAGGAAGAUACUUAACAGUACGGUUUACAAGUGAUGGUUCAGUGACCACAAAUGGCUUUGUAGCGUCCUAUGUUGGACAAAGCAUUCGAGUUGAACCUUGCCCUUCUGGGUUUUUCCCUUGUGAUGCUGGCAGCUGCAUUGAACUACACCGACUUUGCGAUAACGUUCCUGACUGUUUUGAUAAUUCCGACGAGCACGCGUGCGACUGUGAUGGGACUGUCAGCUGUAGCCGUUUCUAUGAACAAUGUAUACCCGACUAUAACGUGUGCGACGGGUUCAGCUCUUGUAGGGAUUCAUCUGAUGAACAAGGAUGUGGCUGUGGCUCAAAUUGGCGGUGUCACGACGGAUCCGGAUGCUACAACACUACCCAGCAUUGUGAUAGCAUCGUUGACUGUGCUGAUCUCUCUGACGAAAAGUUUUGCCCUUUGGUUUGCGAGGAAUGGGAGUGGUUGUGUACGAAAAAACAUCAGUGUGUGAACGCAAGUGUCCGAUGUGACGGCAAAAAGGACUGCGAUGACGGUACAGACGAGUGGAUACAGUGUCCGGCGCCAACACCAAGACCGUAUAUUCCGUUCGAAGUUGUGUUAAUGGGUGGCAGUGGUAACGAGUCAGCGAACAGCCUUUCUACCGCCCCUAUGUGGGGAACUCUGAUGGUUCGCCGACAAGGGAUAGACGAGGAGUAUGGGACAGUUUGUGUCGAUAGCUUUGAUACAAGGGAAGCAAGAGUAACAUGCAGGAUGCUCGGAUUUGGAGACGAGAGUGAAGCUUACUUUUCCCAUGGACUGUCAUUCACUACUGGAUAUGCGAUAAGAUUAAGCAACGUUCACUGCCUCGGAACGGAGGCGAACCUUGCCGAAUGCGCCCAUCAACUCUGGGGAAAACAUCACUGUUCACAUGAGCAGGAUGUCUCCAUUUCUUGUGGCUUUAACGUGUUCUCCACUACGACACAAUCUCGUCCAGAUACUACUAUAUCUUCAACAAUAAGGACAACCACUUGGAGUGUAACUGAGUAUGGUAUACGUUUAGUCGACGGGCCGUCUUGUUCUGAAGGUCGUCUUGAGGUAUCAUAUAAUGGCGUAUGGGGAACAGUCUGUGACGACUCUUUCGGCUCUGUGGACGCAAAUGUCGCUUGCCGAUCACUUGGUUUCAGCGGCGCAUCAAGUAACUGGGACAGUGUGUCUGUGAUUGGUUCUGGUCCAAUCUGGUUGGACGAUCUAGGCUGUUACGGGUAUGAAGCAUAUCUUUGGGACUGCCCUCACAGGGGCUGGGGAAAUCACAACUGUGGUCAUCAAGAGGACCAGUACAUUCGCUGCGACGGACCGUGCAGAAGCGAACCCGCAGUUCCAAGCGUAAACUGUACAUUUGAUAACGACAAUUGCUCGUAUGAAGCGUCUGCAAUAUCAGGCCAGGUCAACUGGCAGAUAAUGAGAUCUGGGUAUAGCUCAGUCUAUUCAAGAAACGGUUCUUCAGGGUUUUUGAUGCUCUUUGAAUCAUCGGGAAAGGAAAGUGAUUCAUCUAGGUUAGAAUCGCCUUCAUUUUUGCAUGAAAGUGAUACAGAUAUGAUGGUCGAGUUUUAUUAUUACCUGCGGGACUCCUCAUACAACGAUUUAGUAUUUGCGCUACAAGAGAGGGAUGAAGAUGACAGUACUUUUGAGAACGAAAUUAAGCUUUGGAACAGCCAAUAUUUGCGAACGGAGGAAGACGGCAGGUGGUUGUAUCAAUGUGUCAACCUUCCCUUGAGCAAUAUUCACAAAAACAGAAGUUUGGUAUUUUAUGGGAAUCGCGGACCGCAUGUUCGGUCACUGGUUGUUUUAGAUGAUGUCCGUGUAACAUCAGGGAAGUGUACAGAAACGUUGCUGGACAAUAUGUGUGAUUUCGAGUGGCCGUCUACAUGCGGACUAGUAGUUGAAUGCCCAACAUGUGAGAGAAGAACACCCCAUUAUGCAUGGCAAUGGGUAACGACUACCGACGCAACCGAAUCGUAUCGGUUCCAAAGCGACGGCAAUUUUAUGCUAGCUGAUUCUUCCCAUGGAAAUGUCGGAGAUCAAGCCCGAAUGUCAUUUAACCUGCCUCAUUUUGGCCCUAAUAAUGCCUUGAAUUUUGAAUACAUAAAUCCUGGCGGUUCUCUUGAACUGUCCAUAUCUGGCGACGGCAAAGAUUCAGUGACAAUUUGGAUGGCCGAAGCCAGUUUCAAUCAAGACUGGAACGAAUCGUGUGUGACAAUGCCAUCGGGGAUAGAUUCAAGUGCACCAAUCAAGAUCACGUUUACGGCUUUGCGUGGAUCAAAUUUGUCAGCCGAUAUUGCUGUAGACAAGGUGUCUCUUCUUCCACAGUGUCCCCAUGUGAUAGCCUGUGACGAUGAAGAUAUACAGUGUGGCUGGUUUAUGAGCUCCAACGACGAGUCAAUUCAAUGGAAUUUCAUAGGAGUUGGAGAGUCAGACUCGGUGCCUGACGAGGAGCGAGGUAUCCGCCUAUCAAACGGCAGCGCUUCUAACGAAGGAUUGGUUGAAGUGUACCUUGACGGAGUCUGGGGAGCGGUUUGCGAUUAUAGCUGGGGCAGUAACGACGCAACUGUGGCUUGUAGAAUGCUCGGAUUUUCUGGAGGAUAUGGAACUGCGAUGUUUAACUACGCUCCGUAUGGUUACAACAACACCUAUCAUUUGAAGGGACUACUAUGCGAUUCAACUGAAGACUCCCUGUUUGAUUGUCCAUGGAGGGACACGUCCUACUCGCCCUAUUGUGACUACAACGAUUACGCUGGCCUUAGAUGCUAUGGAAACAGAAGUGACGAUGUUUUCCAGACUUCAUUACCGAAACCGUUUUUUGCCCUUAAACCGGCUUCAUACGAAACGGGCGGAUGGGCUACUCUGAGGUCUGAAAGCUUCUUCAACCCAGGGGGAGAUUUCUUUUUUAUGUUUAAAUACAUUAAAACGGCUAGUGACCUUCUUCAGGUUUGGACAAUGAACAUGGAAAAUGGAGAAACUUUCAUCUUGGAUAAAUUGACGCGGAAAGCGACUAUACAGCGACAGUAUUGCAUCAACAUGCCGUCAGGACUAGUUGGAAACAUCACAAUGGGCUUAACAGCCUUUGGUGGGAAUUUUACUGCACGAACAGCAGUGUCUGACUUCCAACUGUACAAAGGGUUGUGUGAAGUGACUCUUGAUAGAACAAUGUGCACGUUUGAAGACGACCGUUGUGUUUAUGAAGUAACAAGAGGGGGCUCAUCUUGCAGCCAUGUGUACGAAUGGCAACUUGCCAACGACUGGCAGACUAACAAUGGCACGUCGAUGGUUGUUACAUUCCCUCCCUUCGUUGAUUUACAAGAAAAUGACGCUUCCAAUUUGACAAUGGUGGCAACUCAAUCCCCUGGAAAACGUCUUUGUUCUCUACAUUUUGAAUACUUAAUCAAAAACAUAUCUUCCUAUCUUGAUGCAUCUAAUACAGAACAAAAUGGACGAUUGGUGCUGGCAGUAAAUGACCGCCUCUUGUUUCGAUCAGACGGAUUUUCUCUUAAUUAUUGGACAGGUCACUGUUCGGACAUUUGUGGUUUUACUGGAGAUCUAGAGGUUACUUUUUCUGCCUUGGCAGUGAGUGCAGGAGUUGACAACAUAAGAGUGUCAGAACAUGCCUGCGAGUCCCACACUGGAAGUGUUGAAUGUCAGUUUAUUCAAGGCGGUAACUGCGGAUACAGAAGGAAUCCUGACAUAUGGUCUUUGACUGAAAAUGGAUUUACGACAAGCACAGUGUCGUUUGGAAAUCCCCUCAUCUCACCAACGUUCACCCCUCCAGACGACUCAUGCCUCACAUUGAGUAUAAUGACUAUUUAUACAGGCGGUGAAAUAAUACUACAACUGAAGGAUUCUUUUGAAAAUACAAUUUCCUCAACACCGGUAUUUUAUUUGAAUUACAAUAUUCAGCGAAAUGUUUCGAUAGAUAUAGGACAUUCGCAGGCGAUGGUUUUUAUGGUGGAAGCUAGAGUCUAUUAUACAGGUAGACAGUUAAGAGUGCUGUCAGUGGAGCUGACAGAAGGGAAAUGCCAACAACCUGGUUUAUCUUGUGGACCUCAGGAAACUUUUUGCGACGGACAUUGUAUAGCAGAAUAUCGUUUUUGUGAUGGAAAUAGAGACUGCAGGGAUGGAAGAGAUGAAAAGAAUUGUGACUGUAGAAACCCGGAAAUGUUCCAGUGCCGGGACAACUCUUCCUGCGUCCACUUCCGGUUGGUGUGUGAUGGUAUUGCCGACUGCGCCGAUGAAUCAGAUGAAGUGUGCGGGAGCAGUCUGGAGUGUUCGUUUGAGAGGGGAAAUUGUCAAUACACAUUCGUCAACGUUGAGCUUCGGAGUACUUCAUCAAUGUAUAUUAUGGGAGGAGAAUAUGGAAUAGCAGCAUCUUUCCUUGCACCGAUGGGAUACAUGCUAUCCCCCGCAUUUACAGCUGCAAGUGACAGUUGUUUGAUGUUCAGCUUUGCAACAGAGGGACCUUUAGUCAUUAGAGUUGCAACACUGCAUAACAACACGUUUGUAACGCAACUCGCUAAGGACGUUAAUGAAAAUAUGUAUCGUAUACAAAAGUUUGGAGUAGACAUACCGGCUGGAUCUUAUGACGGCGUACUUUUUGAAGUUCAGGACAAACUACUUAGAGCAAGCUACUUUGAGAGAGCUGUGAACAAUAUAACUGUCGUGCAAAAUCCCUGUAAUGACACGGAAACAACAACUCCAACACACACUACAGUACCACUACCGACGACACUUUGGAACAGAACACCGACGCAGGCAUGUCCGCCAAAUUACUUUCAAUGCACGUAUUACUUUGAAUGUGUUCCUGAUGGUGCAUACUGUAAUUCAACGUUUGAGUGUAUGGACCGAUCGGACGAAAUGAAUUGUUAUGAAGAAACAACAACUCCAACACACACUACAGUACCACUACCGACGACACUUUGGAACAGAACACCGACGCAGGCAUGUCCGCCAAAUUACUUUCAAUGCACGUAUUCCUUUGAAUGUGUUCCUGUUGGUGCAUACUGUAAUUCAACGUUUGAGUGUAUGGACCGAUCGGACGAAAUGUAUUGUUCUGAAGGUUCAUCAACAACGACUUCACCAGCAGCACCAACCACUAUCCCAGCCAGUUUUCCAUCGGUAUCAGUUACCUCUCCAGAGCCUUCCAGUUUUGGUGGUACAGUCAGUCUGAAUUGCAGGGUGAAUAACCCAGAACAACUGGAGGUAAUCAUGUUUUGGCGAAGUGACAAAUACGGGACAAUAUCGCGAAAUGAUGACAUCAUGGCGGAUAUAGUUAUUGGAGACUUUGCGCUUUCAAAGUUCCACGUUGCACUUCAAGAUACCCCUUCUAUAUCGUAUACCCUGACAAUCUACGAUAUUGACGAGGAUGAUGCCUCCGACACUUUUAUGUGUUUGGUAGAUGUUCUUGGCUAUGCCGAGAGUUUGUGGCCGCGGGAAAGUGUCCGUCUUUUCAUUGAAGAUGACGGGUGUUAUGGCAUAGGCAGCAAUGUUUGUUCGAGGUUUGGGCACAGUCGAGUCAAUUUUCCAUCAAACACUGGCUCGCUUGAUCUUGAAAUGUCACACGAAAGACUGACAUAUUUGUAUGAAAACUACACCGCGUUCCAACAGGAUGCAUGUGACAAAGCACUGAUGGAGUUAGCCUGUGUUUUGCACGGUACACCUUGCAGGAAUGGAGAUGCAAUACCUGUUUGCAGGGAUCACUGCCAAAUGGUAUCAACAUUAUGCCAGAGUUCACUGAGGAUUGUUAACAAUGCCAACUCCGACAUUGAGCACUACUGUAAAUAUUCACCAUUCUCGGAUAAUUGUACACCAGUAUGGAUAGGUUGUGGAGCAGAAAUGAAUGUAGAUGAAGAAGACGUCGAAUUCUGGUCAAUGAAUUACCCGAAUGGUCCUGCAGACAGUCCUUGUGCAUAUAAAUUUUAUCCUGCCUUUGGGAAAAGGCUGGUGAUGAAUAUAUCAAUGGUUCUGAGCGAGCUCGACUGCAGCAGUUACUACCUGGAGGUUGACGGAGUCAAGUACUGCCCGACCACCCCUUCUGGUCUUAUGGGUAUUCAAAGCUCUGAAGCUGUUAACGUCACUCUCGUGUCGCUAUCGGAUUCUCCUGGCGGGUUUCAUUUGACAGUGAAAUCAGUGUUUGAAGACGGAGUCUGUGAUAUGAUUGUUCAUUCUGAUAUCAAUGAAACACACGUCUACAAUACAUCCGUACAAACCAACGAAUGCUCGAAAUGGAUUUUUAACCACGAAAUAUGGAUCAAGAAUGUUUCAUCGAACGUUCGUAUGAACAUUUCUUUCACGUGGAUUGAGAGCGGUUGUGUCACGGUCAAAUCUGGAGAUAGCACUAAUCUUACGCAAGUUUGUCAGACAGAUGACGUCAGCACAUACACAUUUGAAAACAAUAUUGUCGUAGAAUCGGAAAUACGAUUCACAGCGGAAUAUGUCUUUGAAAUUUACUAUGUUCCCGCACAAUCCUUCACAUACGAAAUUAGUCUUGAUGGCAACACGCCUGGAGCCGGACUUGUUUAUUUCACAAGAAGUGAUGGCUACAGAGGAUAUCUAUGUUACUAUAUUUACGCGGAUGAAGCAGAGACAAUUUGCAGAAAAGCGGGAUAUGGGUCGUACGUUUCGUAUUCAAAUUACGCUUACGCAACUGGAAACGGUGAAGACGCUGGAGCAGUUUCAUAUUUCAACUGUUUUGGUUCCUCCUGCACAAUUACUUGGGUUGAUUCAUGUAGCUCGUGUGCUUGUCGUGGCACACCAUUUCAAGCAGUUACUUGUUCUCUACCGUCUGUUUCGUGCAAUUUCACCAACAACAAUUGCGGAUAUACUUACUCAGCUUCAGUCUUCGCAUUUACAUAUGGUAGCAUCAGGCUGGUUGGAGCCAAUGCAGAAAAUGGAACUGUUUGGUCGCCAUGGUUCACUUACACCGCCGGUGAUUCUGUAACGAUUUCGUAUUCGUUUGCUUCACCGGGACAGUCUAUUCAUUUCAGCCUCCAAACGGACGAUGACGUCGACGUUUCGUUGUGGUUUGUAAUUUACCCAAAUAUUUACGGCGCAUACGAGACCUGUGUUUCCUUACCCAAUGAACAUGUUGGAAGUCGUGUUCAACUUGCCUUCAAGUUUUAUAACGGAUCAAGUACCUAUACUGGGGUUGGCAGAAGUCCCUUCUUUGAACUGAAUGAAGUAACCCUGUCUUCUGAUAGAUGUCCUGCUGCCUUUCCUGAAUCUGUGUGCGACUUCAAUGAUCCUUCUGCAUGCGGCAAUCUUGAUGCACUUUGCCUUAACCAAGAUGUUAAUGAGCCUUCGGUAUGGUCAAUAAAUAACGGGGUUCUAACCGGAGAUAGCAGAAAUGCAGAGCAAGAUGUUGAGUAUCCAAUCACCCUCGAAGCUGGAGAGUAUGCAUCUGACAUGUACCUUAACUUUGACUUAGCACAGUCUGUUGUCGGGAUGGAUGGAAAUGAUCUUUUUUUAAAGGUAUACGCUGGAAAAAAUGAAAUAUUCGCCAACAAUGCUAGCAUAGCAUCUUUCGAGCACGUAUGUGUUGAAAUACCGCAGCAAACAAUGUUCAGGAACGUUUCCUUCGUGCUCGUCGCUGGAACAGCAAAUGGCCAUAUUUUCCUAGACAACAUCGAACUUGAGGACACAGAAUGCCCACAUCCGAACUCGUGUGACUUUGAAACCUUUGAAAACUGCAAUUUCACGUUCACCAAUAACACUUACUACGGAAUAGCUUGGCGAAACACAGGCCAUUUUGUGAUCGCCACUGGCUAUGGUGCGACUGAGGGAGACACAGGGACAAUGAUACUGGAAGCUUUUCCAGUUGAAGACAUUAAAGGUCGUUACAACUGUAUUUCAUUUCGCUAUUUAAAUCGUGCUUUCGAAAACGCCUAUUUCACACUAGACGUGAAACUAACUUUAUCUGGAGAAGUCAGCUAUUAUAACAAUGUUGAAUACUACGCGAUUGACGACGAUGAUUGGAAUACUUACAAAAUUCCAAUUAAUUGGAAUACCGAAUCGCCAAUGCAUGUGUACCAACAUGCAGAUUUGGAGUUUACUGUAACGAAACGAGGACCCUAUUACGAUUCAAGGGGCCAUUUGAAUAUUGAUGAUGUAAUCAUGGAAAGGAAUGAAUGCGCAAGAGGGCUUCAAGACUUGUCAGUGUGCACAUUUGACAAUUCUUACGACUGCAAUUACCUUGCAAAUUGCACUGUAGGAUCAGGGUUUAUAUGGACGCGGCACUUUGGUGACACAAGCACUCCUGGUACAGGGCCUUCUGUUGACGCAGAUGGCAGUCACACAGGCCAUUACUUGUAUGUCGAUAACUCACUGGGAGAUACUGGGCAUUGGUCACUCGCCUGGUUCAACGUUGUUUUCCCAUUGGAAACAACUUCGAUAAAAUACAUGUUUACAUAUCAUAUGUACGGCGAAGGUGUUGGAUCUUUACAAACAUUUAUUAGAGAUAGCACAACCGGACUUGGAGCUGUAAGCUCCAUUCAGGGAGUUGACGCUGACAUUUGGUAUACGUCUGAAUGCUAUGAGCUUCCUGAUGGAUUCAAUGGCGAAAUUUACUUUAAUGCUUCAAGAGGCAGUAGUGAAUUCGGAGACAUUGCGAUAGAUAAUAUGAGAGUGCUGGAAGGGGACUGCCCAGUUUCGUCCGUGUCCUGUAGUUUUGACGAUGAUCGAUGUGGGUAUAUCAUUGAUGGGGGCAAUUGGAAUAUUGAUGGUGGUGCUAUCUAUACUAAUACGAUUGGCAUGCUCCACGCUCCCCUGAAUGCCUUUAAUGCGCCAGGUGGACCACAUUGCAUAUCGUUUACAUUUUCUGCAGUUGAAUCUGAUAUGUUAUAUGUUGAAACCGACUACAGCUCAGGAAUAUCAGAGGGCAGGUCGUUUUACUAUAAUGACCCUGGAAACGGCAUAGCUGGCCAAAUAAAUGCAGAUGGAUUGACAAGGUUAACCUUUGUCUCCGAAAAGUCAUCAGUAAAGAUAGAAAACGUCGACUUUUAUGCGGGAAUCUGCCAAGAUUUGGAAUGCCAGUUUGGGUGUGAAGAACAAUGUUUACCAGAAUCAAGACGAUGUGAUCGAACAAAAGACUGCUUUUCUGGUGAAGACGAAGACAACUGCGGUUUCAGCGUGACCUGCGGCUUUAUUAAUACAACGUGUGGUUAUACCGAUUUGCGGGAUUCUUCUACCACUUGGUCCGUCGUUUCCUCGAAAACAUACGAACAAAAUGGGGAGCAGUACACAUUAGAGUCAGGAGACGGAGCAAUGAUCACAACAUCGUAUAUAUCAAGAUCAUUGGAAUACAGAAGUCUAACCUCAGUCGAAUUCGAAGUGGAUGUUACAUCAUGUCUUAGAUUUACUUACGGUGGGUCUCUUAAUUUGCUAUCGGUUUCGGCAGUCCGGAACGUGGAUGGCGUUGGGGUGACUAAUACAUCACGUUGGCUCGAUACUUACGUCAAUCUUGCACCCGGUCAAUGGAGACAUGGACAGAUGCUGAUUGGUGAAGGAAAUUGGAUUAUAUCUUUAACCACCAGCCUUUCUGAUUUUAUUGGUUCCGUGGAUGAAGCUCAUCCCUUUAUCGCAAUUGACGGCAUAGAACUACAGCCCGGCAUGUGUAAUUCAACUGACUUAGAAUGUCCCGAAUCAGCACCGCACAAGUGCAACGAUGGUAGUAAGUGUUUCAACGACGAUAAAAAAUGUGACCGUACCAACUACUGUAUAGACGGGACGGAUGAAAGUGUGGAUAACUGCGGGGAAGUGAGCCUGAUUUCCUGCGACUUUGAAGAAGCCUUGGCAUGUGGAUACAACAUCUAUAACCCUCUUGAUGUCAUUGGCAAUCCGAGUGGAAUUUGGGGAAGAAGACAGGGAUAUAUGCAUCAAAUACCAGCAUAUGACCAUUCCGAGGGAACAAACGAAGGCCAUUUUGCCCAUCUCGCUUAUUGGAAUGAAGCUCAUAUGCAAUCUUUUACCAAGCGUGAUAUGUAUUCACCACCGCAAGAGUUUGAACAAGACGGUUGCAUCACAUUUUGGUAUUACUUGAACGGAACAAUUGUUCAACCGAAUGGACUAACUGCUCAGUUGUUUGUUUCUUUGGCGUACACGGCCGGGGAGAUUGAGCUUCUUUGGUAUGAUCUCGUUGACCGCACGUUUGACGCCUGGGUUCAAGGAGCGGUGCCCGUUCGGGGAAAUGCGGAAGUGUACGUCAACUUCACCGGGAUCGUCGCUGAAACUAUUAAGGCCUACCCAGGGUCCGUGUCUGUAGAUGAUAUAUCGUACACCCCCGGGCCAUGUCCGAUACAACAGAGAUGUUCGGAUCGCUCGUUCUCGUGUGCAUCGAAUGGCGUAUGUAUACCCGCCACGUAUGUCUGUGAUGGUGGAAGUGAUUGUCUGGAUGGCUCCGAUGAACUCGACUGUGAUUCUCGGCCAGAUGGUGAUAUGGACCUUGCAGGAGGGGACGGGAGCUAUGGAGAGCUUCGGUAUUACCUAGAUGGUGUCUGGAGAAGUGUAUGUUACCCGAGCUCUGAUGAAAUGGACUUUGAACUUGCGAAUGUCAUAUGUGAAUUUCAAGGAUAUGUUGGUAACGCGGAGUUGUACGAGGUCGGAGUGAGUCAUGGCGGUUCCAAUGUGGAGCUCUCGUGCAGGAACGGCACGUGCUCGACCACUCAGGCUUACAGCUGUAACAGGUUCCUAGGGGUUAGGUGUUCGAAUGGAGCAUGUUUUUCGGGGAAGCGCCUAUGUUCAGGAACUGAUGACAUUUGCGUACCGGCGGUGAAUUUCUGUGACGCCUUGCCUGAAUGUCCUGGCAAUUCGGACGAACUAGAGUGCUAUUGUGACGUUGACAGUGAUGACAGCAGAUGCACGAGGACAGUUGAUGAAUGUGAUGGACUAAACUGUCAGACUUGUAGGAUGCAAGGGAAGUUCGAGUGUAUGAACCAUCAAUGCGUUGAGAUUAGUCAGAGAUGCGAUGGCCAUAAAGACUGUUCUGAUGGCACUGAUGAAUACCGCUGCUCCCUUGUCGAGGAGGACAGUGUUUCACUUACGUACAAUGGUCACCAGCUACCCGUGUGCUAUAACGACGUGGACAGAGAGAUGGCGGACACUUUCUGUAACAUGGCAGGGAAAGGAUCUUUGAAUGCGGAUGGUAUACGUCACGGUUUUAGGACGAUCACGGACGGAAUUCGUGUAACGCCGACUUCUGAACCAUCUGUUUUACCUGGAAUUGCUAUUGUUGGCGAACCCUCAUCCUGUUACCCACUGAUACUCGACUGCCAGAUACCAGACUGCGGAAGUCCCGUUUACCUAGAGGACUUUGUUCGCCCUAUGAUCAUACACGGAGAUGACGUAUUGCCGGGAGAGUUCCCUUGGCAAGGAAGUCUACGUUAUUACGGCGGCCACUAUUGCGGACUAACGUGGAUUGGCGGGAAAUGGGCGUUGACUGCCGAACACUGCGUGGACAGUUAUGGCGAGUAUGCGGUUUGGUUUGGUGCUGUUAAGUCGGCGGAAUUGGGGGAGUACGGCCAAGAAAUUCCCGUCGUGCGUGUACACCAUCACCCUAACUACGUCACGUUUGUCGAGGGCAACGACCUUGCGCUUCUCGAGUUACAGUAUGAACCAAACGCGGACAAUUUCACACGGCCAAUCUGUCUUGGAAACACAGAGAGUUUUCAGGCGGUCAUCGCACAAGGCCAGGAGGCGGAAUGUUACGUUACUGGGUUCGGUAACCAAAACGAAGACUACAUUCAAGUUCAGACCGACUGGAAUCUGCGAGAGGUUCGGGUGGAUAUUGUACCGAACAGCAGAUGCGUGGAACUGAUGCAAUUCAUCGCUGAAUCAGUGGACAGUGUCGGCUACGACGCUGUCUGCGUCUCACAUCAACUUCCAUUCAUGCCCGCGUGUAAUGGUGAUAGCGGUGGACCUAUGGUAUGCAAAGCCGAAAACGGUGUGUUUAAACAGUACGGCGUUACCAGUUGGGGUUUGAGGGGCUGUGACGAUUUUGCUCCAAAUGUAUAUGUCAACACUAUAUACCAUGAGCAGUGGAUAUUGGAGGUUACAGGAAUACCACAAAUUUAGGGACGGGACAUCAUUUGCAACUGCAUCCAAAAGAUGAUCAGGACAAUUCAAAGUGAUUAAUAUUUAAACUGUAUAGCCUUUUAUAUUAACACGUCAUAUUAUCGAUAUUAUUUGAAAAUCACAUUUCUUCGGAAAUAGAAAUAAUGUGUUAAAUGCAACCGUUUUAGUGUCCCGUGAAAAACAUAGUAAGUAAGUUGAAUGAAGCCUCGUAUGUUUUUCCUGUUUAUUUUUCUACAUUUAUCUUCUUCUUUUAUGCCAUUCUAUAUUUUAGUAACUGUUUUGAAAACUAAUAAAUUACACACAUCUUUAAAAAAUG